CUGACUUUAGCAAAAUUCUGGUAUAUUCAAAAAAUAUGUUGGAAAUAUUUUUAAAUGAUAACAAAUGAUAUUUUUUGAAGAAGAAUCGGAUGAUCAUAUAUUAAAAUAUUUAGCAACAAAUGCAGAUGUAAAUCCAACUAUCAAUGAAUUCUUAUUUCCAUUUCAACCUUAUGAAAUUCAAAAAGAGUUUGCAGCUAAGCUCUAUGAAACUAUUGAUAAACGAUGCAUAGGGUUAUUUGAAAGUCCAACUGGCACUGGCAAAUCAAUGAGUAUUAUAUGUGGAUCUUUGUCAUGGUUAAUAAAACAUGAAAAGGAAAAAAAAGAAAAAUUGCAUGCUUAUAAAGUUGAUGAUUUUGCAGCCACUAAUGCUAAAGAACCAUUAUGGCUCUUUGAACAGUCAUUAAAAAUACAAAAUGAAAAUGAUUUGAUAAUUUUUCAGAAGGAUGUUGAAAAUAUUACAAAUUUGGAUAGACGUAUUUUUGACUCUAAAAUCAUCAGAGAUUAUAUUAUGUAUCCUAAAUAUGAAAAAUCCUCCAAUAAGGCACAAUUUUUUUUUGAAUUUUUUAUUAUAUUCAUAUCAAUUAUUUUAGAUACCAAAUUUAGACCACGGUCUUGCUAA